AUGGGGCGUCACAGAACUCACGUGACAGAGACCGUCCAGGGGGACCCAAACUCACGUGGUGUUCUUGUUGCAGGAGCCCAAAGUGUUCUUGAAGCAACGGCGGCAAGAAUCCGCAAUGAGGUUGCAAGCCUCGACGGCGACCUGCUCGACGAAAAGCUGCUGCUAAUGCAGCAAAUCGAUCACCUCGACGCUGCUUUGUCACUACUCGAGCGGGUUUUACCGGCGGGGUCUGACGCCGCCGUAAAGUUGUCCCCCGAAAUGCUGUGCGAGGCCUGCCGUCACUUGAACAUGGCCGUACACACGAUGCUAGCCCUUGCACCUAAAUUCCGAGAGGCACUAUGCCACCGUUUAGCCAAGCAACUUGGCACCUGUCUAAGUAGCAGAUUUGACUGCUUUUUACGGCGCCGCACUCCUGUGGAAAUGUCCCCAGAAAAGCGAAAGAGCCGUCUACGCGUGCAACUUGAAAAGCUAGAAAAGCAGCAUGAGGAUUGUCUACUAGAUUUGCUCCUUAGUCUUGAACAUCUGACAACACUGGAAGUGGUGCCUCCACCGGACGCGCCAGCCCGUUGUGCUGAGGGGUGUCGGUAUGUAUUGUCCGGUCAAGCGAAGCUCCAUCAGUCGCAUGCAAUGGUAUGCCAGUUGCUGAUUGAAGACGAUGAUUUAUUGCUUCCUAUUCUUGAAUGGCAGUUGGGUGCAGCUGCGUCAGAUUUUGCAGUUGCCAGGGCAGUGCUUGACCGUCUCCCCAGACCCAAAGCAAGACGAGCGAAGGCUAAAAUUGAAAGUCACUCUCCGCCUCAGGCUACUGUUAACGUUCGCUGCGAAAGCAAAGCACAAAUUGUCUCGUGCCCCGUCCAACGAGAGUCCAGCAUGAGGUUGGACGAGAGCUUCCCAAAUCCUUCUCCUAGAGAGCCGAGGAGCCGUUCACUUCUAUCUCCUGUAACAGCGCCAAGGAGAAACAGUGACCAGCGCCGUGGAAGCGGCUACACUCUCCAGGAGCCCGCAGCUCCAGCCACUUCACCACGGAAAAUUUACGAUACAAGCACUCUGCAGAGUGAUUGCCUUUACUCUUGCGGAAACAGCCGACCAAGAUCGCCCGCCUCCAGCUCUGUUCCAAACCUUGGUGCCUUGGGUCCAUGUGACCUGUGCAACUCAGGAGCUGCUUUGAGGCAACAAUAUAGUCCAACGAGUGACCGUUACAAUUACAUGGGGACAGAUUGUCCAGUUCGCACGGGGGGCCGCGUCAGCCCGUUUGACUCGAGAGUGGCAGACUACGCUUCAUGGGGAUCGAUGGUCGGCAGUGACUACCGCCGUCGAUAA